UUACUCUCUACGAGAAAUAACUAGAUCUCCCUAGCAGUUUUCAACCAGACGCAAGUCUAAAACUAGUAGAAUUGGCAAGGUCCUCAUAGAUCUCUUCAAAUUCUAAACAUGGCUGGCAGAUGUGUUCUCAGAUAUAUUCAACCAAAAUGUACUGUACCACAGAUGCAUGUACGCUGGGCAUCAGCAUCUGUGUCAUCCGGAAUAUCGGGAUUUGAAAUCCAGCAACAAAAACCAACAAUUAAAAAAAUCAUGCCCAUACCAAAAGCUCACUAUGGUGGACGACAUACUGUUACCCUGUUACCUGGUGCAGGUAUUGGUCCAGAGCUGAUGGGUUAUGUGAAAGAGAUAUUCAAAUUCGCCGGCGUCCCGGUUGACUUCGAGGAGAUCGACAUCGAUCCAAACGCGGACAACAACGACGACCUCGACUACGCGAUCACUUCGAUCCGGCGUAACGGCGUGGCUCUCAAGGGUAACAUCGAGACCCGUAGCAAGGAGGUAGGCGUCCUCUCGCGCAACGUGGCCCUGCGCAACCAGCUGGACUUGUACGUGAACGCCCUGCACUGUGUUUCCUACCCUGGGGUCACGUCCCGCCAGAAGAACAUCGAUCUCGUGAUCGUUAGGCAAAACACCGAGGGCGAGUACGCUAUGCUGGAGCACGAGAGCGUCAACGGCGUCGUCGAGAGCAUGAAAGUCAUCACCCAGUCGAACUCUGAAAGGGUGGCUCGUUAUGCCUUUGAAUACGCUAGGAGAAACGGUAGGAAGAAGGUCACCACAAUCCACAAGGCAAACAUAAUGAAGCUGUCGGAUGGUUUGUUCCUUGAAACCUCGCGCCAGGUGGCCAAGCAGUACCCAGAAAUCGUCCUCAACGACAUGAUCAUCGACAACACUUGUAUGCAGCUGGUUGCUAAUCCCCACCAGUUCGACAUUAUGCUCACGACGAACCUGUACGGUGCCAUCAUCUCGAACGUAGUGUGCGGCCUGUUGGGCGGAGCUGGUCUACUGGCCGGUAAGAACUACGGCGACCACUACACGAUCUUUGAGCCCGCGACCCGUAACACCGGCGCCAGCAUAGCCGGCAAGAAUAUCGCCAAUCCCAUCGCCAUGCUCAACGCUGCCGUUGAUAUGUUGCGUCACUUGGGACACAAGCAUCACGCCGUCCUUAUUCAGAAUGCCAUUAAUAAGACCAUCAAUGCCGGGAUCCAGACCAAGGAUCUGGGAGGCGACGCGUCGAGCAGGGAUAUCGUUGAUAAUAUUAUCAAGUGCAUCAAGCGCGAGAUGUAAGGUAUACGUACAAGGGAGAUCUUAGUUAAUGUGAAUUACUCGAAAAAAAUUUGCUCGAGUUUAUUUGUGAUGUGACGCGUUACAAAAGGUCAUUGCAUUGGGAUCUUUGCUUAGGAUCUUUUUGUUUUAAUUUUUUUUUCUAACGUAGCAGUAUUUUUGAAUCAUACGGUGACUAUACUGACGAUUCGUAGUGAAAAAAAAAAAAAUAAUAACUAUGAAUUAUGGCCAAGAGGCUCUUUCUGAAGUAUUAGAUUUAUACAGCUUAUACUCAAAAAUCUUUAACUAUUAUAUAGACGUACCAAUGCGUUUGUAUUGACGCAUGGAUGCAAUAACUUUUUAGUAAUGUGUAUUUUAAAGAUGCCAAUUUGUCAAUUUUUAUUCCUAUUUUAGAUGUUCCAUCCUGCGUAGUAUUUAUUGAAUCAAGUUUGGAUUUUUAAACUUUGAUCUAAAGGUAAUCGAUUUUUUUGAAGUUUUUUCUGUCUUGAGCAACUAAUUGCGCGCGCUUUAGGUUAAUUAAAAACUGCCUUUGCCCUCGCAUCAUGACGACUAAUUAUGACAUCUAUCAAUGAAACUUUAUUAUCUUAUGUGUAUCAUAGUCAGUGCAAGAUUAGUGUGGCUGCAGAAGAUAGGUAUCAUUAUAUCUUCUUUGAUUUGACAUCGAUUUAUUGAUGAAUCAUUGGCAUCCGUUAGCGUAAAUAUUCAGUAAAUCAUGAAUGAAAUUAAAUUAACUUUUAAACGUAUUAUUCGCUCGAUGAACUCUGUCGUUAAAAGUUCACAAAUCCUAAAGAUAAUGUACAUAAUGUAAGUACUCCCAUCAAUUUUCGUUAUUUAUUGCUAAAGCACACAUGUUAUACCGUAACGUCGAACGAGACAAGGGAAGCUUCGUUUGUAUUGUAUUAAAAUAAAAUGAAAAUUAAUUGAAA